AUGGGGGAUGCAAGGACGGAGCUGGAACACGACUUUCUAGACAAUGCCAAGAGUUUCAAUUGGCCAGCCGUGAAAUCCAUGCUGGAGGAGACCCCGGAGUUGAUCAAUGUGCAGCCUUCCAAGCGAUGGUCCGCAUUGCAUCAGGCAGCCUAUGAGGGAAAUGCUGAAAUGGCAUCAUUUUUGCUGGAGAAGGGUGCGGACCCUCAUUCACAAACUCGAUCCGGUCAAACCCCUGCAGAAGUAGCCAAAAGCAAGGAUGUUCGACAAGCGAUCGAAGCAGCCGCAGAGUCAGAUGCCGUUGAAGAGCCUCCCAAAAAGAAGGCCAAGCAAAUGCCGAACUACAACCUUAACAUUAACAGUGCCGUGGACAAGGAGUAUGAGGGUAGCAGCUUGACGGACAUCGUGGCCGCUCCGACUUCGGCAUUGCAGGGAGUGGCUGCCAAAGGUCGAGAAGUUCUGAAGAAGUUCAAAGUUCAUACGAUUGGCGAUCUGGGAAGUUGGAAGUUUUACCGGAUCUCCAAAGCCAUCCUCGGUCUCUCUGCAUUGGAGCAGAAAGAUAAUCGGGAGGAGGGUGCCGCGUUGAACAUCAACAAGGCCAUGGACAAGAAGCAUGAGACCAAAUCCCUGGCAGAGAUUUUGGAGCUGCCACCCUCAGCGCUCCAGGGCCUUGCGGCUUGGGCGGACGCAGAGCUCGCGAAGGUCGGUGUCACGACCAUUGCGAAACUUGGUGAUUGGAAGUAUGCGAAGUGGUCUGAGUGGAUCUCAGAGCUCGCGAAGUUCGAGAAUACAGACUUCUCCAGCUUGUAG